AUGAUCACUCCAGCUUUUGAGCUGACCCAGGAUCCAGAUUUCCUCACCAUAAUAAUCAGAGUACCUUAUGCCAAAGCUUCAGAGUUUGAUGUGUUUGUUGAAGGGGAAGACUUUAGGUUUUAUGCGAAGCCAUAUUUUCUCAGGUUGACACUUCCUGGAAGAAUUGUAGAAGAUGGCAGAGAAAAAGCAUCUUAUAAUACAGAUGAAGGAACUUUUACGAUUCUGUUACCCAAGGAGAUUCCUGGGCAAUACUUUGAGGGGCUGGACAUGCUGACAUCUCUUUUAACACCAAAGAAAUCAAGAUCAGCCAAACCUUUGGUAGAAGAGAUAGGAGCCUCUGCUGAGCUGUCUGAGGAGGAGGAACAAGAAUUUGACUUGGAAAUAGAACAGAUUCCUUACAAGGAAAGUGCAGAAAGCAUUCCACCUCUGCAGUGCCCUUAUGGAUUUGGGAAUUUGCGGUCAGGCGCGUUUCAGAGGCUGCAGGAUGAACUCAGCGAUGUGAUUGACAUUAAGGAUCCAGACCAGACUCCUGCAGGGGAGCGCAGGAGGAAGCGCCUGGAAGCUGAGGCUGCCAAGUUUGACCCUGAUCACUACCUAGCUGAUUUUUUUGAAGAUGAAGCUAUUCAGCAUGUUUUAAAGUACAAACCCUGGUGGGUUGAUGCUCAUAAGAAGAUGACAGCCUUGAAGGGGAAAAAUCAGGAUAAAGGAAAUUCUGCAGCAGGUGUUGUCUUCUCCGACGCAGAGAGAGAGAAGCUGAGAAAGUUCACAAAUAAGUCUUACCUUCUGGAUAAAAGUAGUCGUCACCACAUCUAUCUUGGAUUAAUUGAUAUCCUCCUGGCAUAUUGCUAUGAGAUCUGUGUCAACGAAGGGGACAACAAUGUCGAAUCAUCUUGGAACAUCAGGAAACUGAGUGCAACGUUGUGCUGGCUGGAGAGUUUCACUAGCAUCCAUGAUGUCCUGGUAUCUUUUGGAAGAAGAGUGCUGUGCUAUCCCCUGUACAGACACUUUGGGUUGGUGACUCGUGCCCUCAGUGAUACAGUCAUGAUAUUGCAGCUGGGAAAAGCUGCAGUUUUGAAGUGCCUGCUGGACAUUCACAAGAUUUUUGUGGAGAGUGAUGACCCUGCUUACAUCCUUAAUGAUCUCUUCAUCACAGACUAUUGCAUCUGGAUUCAGAAAAUCAAGUCAAAAAAGUUGGCUGCACUCUCUGAAUCCUUGCAGAAAACUGCACUCACCAAGUCCCACUUGGGGUUGGAGCUAGAGGAGCUGGAAGCAGCAGCAGUGCUGGUACUGGAGGAAGAGAACAUGUUAAAAGCUGCUGGCACAGUUUCCAAGCAACAGCUGCCGGAGUCGGAGACAAGUGACUCUGAGGAAUCAAGCAGCACUUCAUCAUCUGAGACAGAAGGCUCUGAUUCAGAUGAGCGAGAGUCCUCGACCAGUGAAGAUGGGGAAAUAAAUUCUUUCCAAGGCACACUUCCAGGGGAGAGGACAGCUCCACUUAGUGACUGUAAUGGAUUAAGGCAGGGCACAAACACUUCUGCGCUGGAGGUUAGUGAUGGAAAAUCAAAGGUUUCUGGGCAAUCUCCAUCUCAGACUGGGAAAUUGAUAGAAGAAUUAGAAAAGCAAAUGCACAGUACAAUGAGGCUCUCAGAGCAGCCUGAAGGAUUGGCCACUGCAAGCUGCAUGGCACAGGAACAAAAAGAAAACCAGAAACCUGAACCUGACAGAGUUUCUGAAGAUACUAGUGGGAAGGACAAUUUCUUGGAGCUGUCCUCAAAGCCAAACCCAUUGCUUUUCCUCUGCAGCACAAAUGAAGAUGAAGACUAA